AUGAAAGUGCGUCUACCUUUGGACGCUAUUUGGCCAACUGGACAUCGAUGGCUUCAAGUCGUGCACAUGGAUCAUUUGCUGGAAAUUACCGGCCUGCGACUGAUGCUGAUCAUUGGCUGCCUCAUCUCCGGAGUGUUCGGAGUCAGCUGGAUCCUGGACUUCAUACAGCUUCGGUGUCUUCAGCACAGCCCAUGGAGCGAUGAGGGCGUGGGCAAGUACAGCUGUCUCAUGAAGGUGGGCGGCGGAGUGAUGUUGCUGAUGAUGUUCCGUCACUCUGCUGUGGCCUUGGCCUACUACGACGAAGACGGCGAUCGCCUGCAGCGGCGAAAGGAGCGCUAUUUGGAUGAGAUGACCAAGCAAGUGGGAGAUGUGCUGCAGCGCGCCACCACUCAGGCACAGACACUCUGCGGCAUGCUCUCGGCUGAGCUGGAUGAAAAGGUGGGUGACCACGUCCGGCGUAUGCAGAAGAUCUUGCAACAGUGCGAGAAGUCGAAGAGCCCAGAGGCUCCUGCUGUGUACAGCAGACUGACAGAGCUGAUGGCCAUUCAUUUGCAUCACUUGCGCAAGCCGGCCAUUGAUCACUUUCAGAAGCUGAUCUCCCUGUCCGGCAAGGCUUUCUUCCUGGAAGAGACCCUGAGGCAACAACGCCACACCAGUAUGGUCAAGUUGCUGACUGUGAACAGCACCAGAUUGGCCAGGCGGAUGGACUUACCGCGCACGGAGACCGUGCAAGACGAUCCAGAAUUGGCGCAUUUGAUUGGAGCGCACCUGGUACAGGGCGCUGACACCUGCUGCAGUUGCUGCCGGCGGCGGCCGCAAACGCAGCAGGUUGCCAGCAGCCUUGACAAGAGCUUCUCCUUGCCGACCCAAGCGGACCUUGUCAACGAGCUCCGGGAGCCAACGCAGGAUGAGCUCUUGAACUCCCCAGAGGCUGUGGUGCUGCAGCCAGUGAAGCUCGUGCUGAAGUGGUUCGAGAAGAUCGAGCCGAUGCAGAGCCGGCGGGACCCACGGGCAGAUGUGCUGCGCGGGGUGUCGGUCUGUGGGACCCCCAAAACGCCGGUGGGGCAGAUGAAGACGGUUGUCAUGCACCUGAGAGACUCACCUUUGUACAGAAGCCUGUUGGUGGGCAUCCUCUUCAGCGUUGUCAUUUUCAUCUUCCACUUCCACAUGUUAGGCGUGGUUUGGGCGCUUCUCCGGGAGGGAAACCAGUGCAAAGCUGUGAGCUUCUUCAUGUGCUGCACCGAGCUUCUGCGAGUUCUGUCAGUGCUGGCUGGGAUGAUUUGCUACAGCUUGUCUUUGAUCGUCGUCAUUUGGAACGUGGAGAAAUUAGAUGCGGUAUUGCAAGUGAGCGAGGAGCUGCAUGAGCUCCAUGACUUCAAAGCCCAGAUCGAUGCCCUUAACGCCAACGACCUGGCGGAUGAGGACUCAGACAUCUCCAUGCUGCAGGUGGUGGAGAGGAAGCUGGCCAGGCAAAAACGCAUUGUGGCCGAAUUCUACAAUAACGCCUGGGGCGAUACCUUGGACGACAUCCGACACUUCAAGAAGCUGGCUGUGGAUCUCGAAGAGGGUUUGCACGACCCUCCUACAGGGCCAGCAGCCACCCCAGCGGGGUCCCCGCAGUACACGCCGCUUCCGACGUCAGUGACACCCACGAACACGCGGCUGAGCUGA